GCCAGACAAACAAAAAGCCUCAAAGCUUGCACAGAGAGACUUCAAAUCAUUCAUGAGUUGCAUUUGCAGGGAUUGCAGGGGUGGCAUGUCACCCGGGACACCACCACACUACCCCUCGAUGCCUCGACACCCGAAAGGCACGUCUCCGGAAGCGAUGAGGAAGGCUAAGGGUUCUGAGGUGAAGGCCUUGUUCUCUGUGGUUGGAAUGACAUGUGCUGCCUGUGCCGGGUCUGUGGAGAAGGCAGUGAAGCGGCUCCCGGGGAUUCAAGAGGCCGCCGUAGACGUGUUGAAUAACACAGCCCUCGUACUGUACUAUCCCAGCUUCGUCAAUGAGGACAAAAUAUGUGAGGCUAUUGGAGAUGCUGGGUUUGAAGCCAAACUGAUUAAGCAGGAGACAAAUGACAUAACCAGGCAAGUAUGCAGAAUAAGCAUUAGUGGAAUGACUUGCACAUCUUGCUCCACCACUGUUGAAUCAGCUCUGCAAGCAAUUCAUGGAGUGCAAGGAGCUCAGGUGGCCUUAGCAACUGAAGAAGCAGAGGUUCAUUAUGACCCAAGCAUUGUUACCUCCCAUCAGCUAUUGGAAACAAUAGAGAUCACCGGAUUCGAAGCCAAAAUUAUCAGUGUAGGGGAAGACAUUAGCAAGAUAGAGCUUAAAGUUGAUGGUAUUAAGGUAGGACAGUCGAUCAGAGCAAUAGAAAAAACUCUUGAAGGACUUCCUGGCGUCCAAGACAUAGAGACAUUUCCUGAACUCAACAAGAUUUCAGUUUCUUAUAGAUCAGAUAUCGUGGGACCAAGAACCUUCAUCGAAAUCAUUGAGUCGUCAGGGUCUGCACAUUUUAAAGCAAUGGUAUAUCCUGAAGGAGAGAAGGACACUCAUAGACAGAGAGAAAUCAACCAAUACUAUAAAUUAUUUUUGUGGAGUUUGAUUUUCACAAUUCCUGUGUUUUUAACCUCCAUGGUCUUGAUGUAUAUCCCUGGAAUCAAGAAGUUGUUGGAUGCUAAAAUUGUGAAUAAGCUGAAUGUUGGUCAGAUUAUAAGGUGGGAGUUGUCCACUCCAGUGCAGUUCAUCAUAGGCAGGAGAUUCUACAUUGGAUCUUACAAAGCAUUGCGCCAUGGUUCGGCUAAUAUGGAUGUUUUGAUUGCUCUGGGAACAAAUGCAGCCUACUUCUAUUCGGUCUACAUAGUUUUAAGAUCUGCAAACUAUAAGGAUUUCAAGGGUACAGAUUUUUUUGAGACUAGUUCGAUGCUUAUUACAUUCAUCUUGCUAGGCAAGUAUUUAGAGGUUCUGGCAAAAGGCAAGACAUCUGAGGCCAUUGCAAAGCUUAUGAAUUUGGCACCAGAAACAGCAACUUUGCUGACUUUGGAUGGGGAAGGAAAUGUGAUAAAUGAGCAAGAUAUCGAUAGCAGGUUGAUACAGAAGAACGAUGUGAUCAAAACCAUUCCUGGAGCUAAAGUAGCAUGUGAUGGUCUCGUUAUGUGGGGGCAGAGUCAUGUGAAUGAAAGCAUGAUAACAGGAGAAGCAAGGCCGGUGACAAAAAGUAAGGGUGAUGCAGUAAUCGGAGGUACCGUGAAUGAGAAUGGAGUGUUGCAUAUUAAGGCAACGAAAGUUGGAGCAGAGAGUGCGCUUUCACAGAUUGUAAGGCUUGUCGAGUCUGCCCAGAUGGCUAAAGCUCCUGUACAGAAAUUUGCUGACCGCAUUUCCAAAUACUUUGUGCCCAUGGUGAUCAUACUUUCAUUUUCAACCUGGCUUGCCUGGUUCUUAGCAGGGAAGUACCAUAGCUAUCCGCGUUCUUGGAUACCAUCUUCGAUUGAUAGUUUUGAGCUUGCUCUUCAGUUUGGGAUCUCGGUUAUGGUCAUUGCAUGCCCUUGUGCUUUAGGCCUAGCAACUCCUACCGCCGUUAUGGUUGGUACUGGAGUUGGUGCAUCUCAAGGUAUACUGAUCAAAGGCGGACGUGCAUUAGAAAGCGCACAUAAGGUGAAUUGCAUUGUGUUUGACAAGACAGGAACUCUCACUGUUGGGAAGCCAGUGGUUGUCAGCACCAAAAUCUUUAAUAAAAUGCUACCUCAAGAAUUCUACGAACUUGUUGCUGCAACUGAGGUAAACAGUGAGCACCCACUAGCUAAAGCUAUUGUGGAUUAUGCCAAGAAAAUCAGAGAAGAUGAAGGGAAUCAUACCUGGCCAGAAGCAAAAAACUUCGCAUCCAUCACCGGCCAAGGAGUGAAGGCAGUUGUUCGAAAUAAGGAAAUAACUGUAGGCAACAAGAGCUUAAUGUUGGACAUAAAUAUUUCCAUUCCACCGGAGGCUGAAGUUGUACUUGCACAAGCUGAAGCAUUGGCUCAAACUGGGAUUCUAAUAGCUGUAGAUAGUGAAAUAGCAGGAAUUGUAGCAAUAUCUGAUCCACUGAAACCUAGUGCUCGAGAAGUCAUUUCCAUACUCAAGUCUAUGGGAGUUAGAAGUAUCAUGGUUACAGGUGACAAUUGGGGUACAGCCAAUUCUAUUGCCAAGGAAACGGAAAUCGAGACGGUGAUUGCAGAAGCCAAACCCCAGCACAAAGCUGAGAAAAUAAAAGAUUUGCAGGCUUCAGGCUGUACUGUGGCCAUGGUGGGAGAUGGGAUCAAUGACUCACCGGCACUCGUAGCAGCAGAUGUUGGAAUGGCAAUUGGUGCUGGCACAGACAUUGCAAUAGAGGCAGCUGACAUUGUUCUCAUGAAGAGCAACUUGGAGGAUGUUAUAACAGCCAUUCACCUUUCCCGGAAAACCUUUUCUCGUAUUCGUUUGAACUACGUUUGGGCAUUGGGUUACAAUGUGCUUGGAAUGCCGAUUGCUGCAGGGGUCCUUUUUCCUUCCACCGGGUUCAGAUUACCACCAUGGAUUGCAGGAGCUGCAAUGGCAGCAUCCUCCGUUAGUGUCGUAUGCUGUUCUCUGUUGUUGAAGAACUACAAGAGACCCAAAAAGUUGGAUGUCCUUGAGAUGCAUGAAGUAAGGGUUGAAUGAACAAAAUGCUGCUUCAGUAAUGAAUAUUUAUGUCUGUGAAGCUAGGCAGCAAGUAAAUCGAUCAGGAAAGUGUAUAGUAUAAGGAUGGUUUUGCUGCCCAUGUAUAGUACAACAUUUAUGAUAACGAAUGGGAUUUUACUUCCUGCAA